CCCCCCCCCCGCGGCCGUGCCGAGUGGGAGCGCCCGCGGCCGCGGCAGCUCGCCGCGCUGGGAGAAACCAUGUCGUGAGCGGGGAGAGCGCGCCUCAGCCAGCGGGCCGGGGGGCGGCGCGGGGCGCAGCGCCGAGCGUGUGCCCGACGGACGGCUCCCGGCGGGGCGGACAGGAAUAGUUAUCUGCUUAGUCUCAUCCUUCAUAUUUGGCAAUCUGAGGAAAAGGUCUGAGCCAGCAUGAAGACAGGAUCUCCUCUUCAUUAGAGAAAAACUUUCUGCCUGACGCAGUUCAUUUCAAGGAGUGCACGAUGACAGAGCGUGGAAUUAAAUGGGCUUGUGAGUAUUGUACGUAUGAAAACUGGCCAUCUGCAAUCAAAUGUACCAUGUGCCGUGCCCAGAGGCCUAGUGGAACAAUUAUCACAGAAGAUCCAUUUAAAAGUGGUUCAAGUGAUAUUGGUCGAGACUGGGAUCCUACAAGUACUGAAGGUGGGAGUAGUCCUUUGAUAUGUCCGGAUUCCAGUGCAAGACCAAGGGUUAAAUCAUCCUACAGUAUGGAAAGUGCAAAUAAAUGGUCGUGCCACAUGUGCACGUACUUGAACUGGCCAAGAGCGAUAAGAUGUACUCAGUGCUUGUCUCAGCGUAGGACCCGGAGUCCCACAGAGUCUCCUCAGUCUUCAGGGUCUGGUUCGAGACCAGUUCCUUUUUCUGUUGAUCCGUGCGAGGAAUACAAUGACAGAAAUAAACUGAACACAAGGGCUCAGCACUGGACUUGUUCUGUUUGUACAUAUGAAAACUGGGCAAAGGCCAGGAAAUGCGUUGUGUGCGAUCAUCCCAGACCUAACAACAUAGAAGCAAUAGAACUGGCAGACACUGAAGAGGCUUCUUCAAUCAUAAAUGAGCAAGACAGAGCUCGGUGGAGGGGAAGCUGUAGUAGUGGUAAUAGCCAAAGAAGAUCCCCACCUACAACCAAACGUGAGUCGGAUGUGAAAAUGGACUUCCAAAGAAUCGAAUUGGCUGGAGCUGUUGGCAGCAAGGAGGAACUUGAAGUUGACUUCAAAAAACUAAAGCAAAUAAAAAACAGGAUGAAAAAGACUGACUGGCUGUUUCUAAAUGCUUGUGUCGGAGUUGUAGAAGGUGACUUAGCUGCUGUUGAGGCCUACAAGUCAUCAGGAGGAGAUAUUGCCCGCCAGCUCAGUGCUGAUGAAGUACGCCUGCUGAAUCGCCCGUCUGCUUUUGAUGUGGGGUACACACUUGUACAUCUGGCAAUCCGCUUCCAGAGACAAGACAUGCUAGCAAUUCUGCUUACAGAGGUGUCACAACAUGCAGCAAAGUGCAUUCCUGCCAUGGUGUGUCCAGAGGUCACGGAACAAAUCCGUCGUGAGAUUGCUGCAUCUCUUCAUCAGCGGAAAGGAGACUUUGCUUGCUAUUUUCUGACUGACCUUGUCACGUUCACAUUACCUGCAGAUAUUGAAGACCUACCGCCCACAGUCCAAGAAAAGCUAUUUGAUGAAGUACUUGAUAGAGAUGUUCAGAAAGAGCUCGAAGAGGAAUCUCCUAUUAUCAACUGGUCACUGGAAUUGGGUACACGCUUGGACAGCAGAUUAUAUGCACUUUGGAAUCGGACUGCAGGGGACUGCCUGCUCGAUUCAGUCCUGCAAGCCACUUGGGGCAUUUAUGACAAGGAUUCAGUGCUGCGGAAAGCCCUUCACGACAGUUUACAUGACUGCUCACAUUGGUUCUACACGCGCUGGAAAGACUGGGAAUCGUGGUAUUCCCAAAGCUUUGGUUUACAUUUCUCAUUGCGAGAGGAACAGUGGCAGGAAGAUUGGGCAUUCAUACUCUCUCUUGCAAGCCAGCCUGGAGCAAGUUUGGAGCAGACACACAUUUUUGUACUUGCACAUAUUCUUAGAAGACCAAUCAUAGUUUAUGGAGUAAAAUAUUACAAGAGUUUCCGAGGAGAAACGUUAGGAUACACCCGCUUCCAAGGUGUGUAUCUGCCUUUGUUAUGGGAACAGAGUUUUUGUUGGAAAAGUCCUAUUGCUCUGGGCUACACGAGGGGCCAUUUCUCUGCUCUGGUUGCCAUGGAGAACGAUGGGUAUGGCAAUCGAGGUGCUGGUGCUAACUUGAACACUGACGACGACGUUACUGUUACGUUUCUACCCUUGGUGGAUAGCGAGAGGAAAUUAUUGCACAUUCACUUCCUUUCUGCUCAAGAGAUAGGUAACGAGGAGCAGCAAGAGAAGCUGCUUCGGGAGUGGCUGGACUGCUGUGUGACGGAAGGAGGUGUCCUGGUGGCCAUGCAGAAGAGCUCUCGCAGGCGCAACCAUCCCCUGGUCACCCAGAUGGUGGAGAAGUGGCUCGAUCGCUACCGGCAGAUCCGCCCUUGUACUUCCCUUUCUGAUGGCGAGGAAGACGAGGAUGAUGAUGAUGAGUGAUGGGUGAAUUUGGAAAAGCAAAUUACCAGCACGUAGUGUCUGACCUGGAGUUAGCGUUGUGCUGUAGCUGUUUGUUGUGGAGCAACCUAAUUCUAGAAGAAACAUGCUGCAAAGGAUUGUUCUAACCAGCAUGGGGAGAGUCUAGAAGCUCAUCUGCUGCGUGGAGAGCGCUGAAUGGGCUGGACUACAGUUUGUAUAAAACAAAAGAGAAACAAAACACCUAAUUUUAUUAUCAAGACAGAAAAAAAAAAACCAAACCAACAAACACUUUUCUUUCUGAUUGUAAAUCUGUC